AUUGGUUACUGGCACAACACAGACAACUGCUCAACUGCAUCCAUAUAAGUUUACUAAAACUUUAAUUGAAGUAGUAAAAUCUAGAGGCGCUGAGGUUCGAAUCGCCAGUGCUCAAGGAUUGGAAUUCGACAAAUAUAAGGUAUCAGGUGUUCGCCUUUCUACAAACGAAACGAUUCCUACUGAUAUAAUUAUCAUUGCAAUGGGCCCUUGGAGUGGUGAAGUCUUUCAUGGCUUGCAAAAAAAAAAAUGUAAUGAAUCUUCUUUACCUGCUACUGCAAAUGAUUACAUUCCUAAUCCCCAUUGCGAUUAA